AAAAUACAACCCAAAUUUAUUUAUUCCCAAUUAAUUUGUAAAACAUCAUUCGGCUGAUUUAUUAACUGAAAACAUGCCAAGUCGAAAGUACCCAUUUCACGUAAAUGUAGCAGAAACGGAGGACAUCCUAGUGCAAAGUUUAAGCGAAAUAUUAGAGCGUUGCUCGAGUAAAGCUCUGAAAAAUCGUCAAACGUUUCGAGUUGGAAUCUCAGGUGGAUCACUUGUACAGCUCUUGACCCGCGCUCUAGUCGCCAGUAAAUUAAAGACCGAUUGCUGGAAAUUCUUUUUCUGCGAUGAACGUUAUGUCCCGGACGAUGAUAAUGAAUCCACCUUCAAUGCGUACAGAACUGAAAUGCAUGCCAAACUACCCACUAUUUUGGAGAGCCAGCUAAUCAAAGCUAAUACGACGAUAUCGUUGGAUGCCUGCGCCUGUGACUAUGCUGCUCGUAUAAUAGACGAAUUUGGCACAUCUUGUGUGGUGUUCGAUUUGCUGCUUUUGGGUAUGGGACCGGACGGACACACGUGCUCCUUGUUUCCGGAUCGACCACAAUUCCAGGUGCACACCGAACAACUUGUCAUUCCGAUACGUGAUUCACCGAAACCUCCACUAGAACGAAUAACAUUUACACUUCCACUGAUCAACAAUGCUAACGAUGUGGUCUUUGUUGUCACUGGUGCCAGUAAAGCUGAUGUUGUUAAGCGUGUAUUUAUAGACGGGGAUAAAAGUUUCCCCUCAGCUUGGGUUGAGCCUACACAUGGAAAUCUAACAUUGAUCACCGAUAAAGCCGCAGGUGCAAAAUUAUUAAGUUCUGACUGUAGCACUUCCCUUAAUAGAUGUUAAUUAUAUUUGUUGAAUAUAAGAAAA